ACCAGAAACUGAAGCAGCGGAUCCCAACUUUGUUUCCCCUACAAAGUCCUGAAAAACCCUAGCCCGCUCUCUCCUUAAGCUCAUUUGCCUCAACAGAAGUCCGGCGUCGAGCGGCAGCAGCAGGAGGAGCACAACCACCGCCAACAAUGGGUAUCGAUUUGAUAGCAGGAGGCAAGAACAAGAAGACGAAGAGGACCGCACCGAAGUCCGAUGAUAUCUACCUGAAGCUCAUCGUGAAGCUGUACCGAUUUUUGGUACGGAGGACUGGAAGCAAAUUCAAUGCGGUGGUUUUGAAGAGACUGUUCAUGAGCAGGGUUAACAAAGCCCCGCUUUCACUCUCUCGUUUGAUUACUUUCAUGAAGAACAAGGAUAAUAAAAUUGCUGUGCUUGUGGGUACUGUCACUGAUGAUAUCAGAGCGUUUGAAGUCCCUGCUAUUAAGGUUACUGCUCUUAGAUUCACCGAGACUGCUCGGGCUAGGAUAGAGAAGGCUGGUGGAGAAUGCUUGACUUUUGAUCAGCUUGCUCUUCGUGCUCCUCUUGGUCAGAACACGGUUCUCCUUAGAGGUCCCAAGAAUUCUCGGGAAGCAGUGAAGCACUUUGGACCAGCACCUGGUGUACCACACAGCCAUACCAAACCUUAUGUCCGAUCAAAGGGAAGGAAAUUUGAGAAGGCUAGAGGAAGAAGGAACAGCAGAGGAUUUAAGGUUUGAGCAAUCAAAUUCAAUCAGGAAUUGCAUUGUAGUCUACCAAAUCCAACUAGAUGCAGCCAUGAAUCAACUCAAUUUGGUUAUCUAUUACCUUUUUUUAUCCUAUUGUUUGGAACAUUUUAUAUUUUCAUUAUGUUGUUUCUUGAUUUAAAUUAUAGAUUUUUGAUUUAAUGUCAAACUCUUAUCUUUUUUCCUUC